UGAGUACAUGCCAGAGUCAUGAAUCUCCACAAACCCACAACCAUCAAAUACACACACACUAUCUUCUCUCUUUCUUUCUUCCUUCCUUCCUAUCUCUGUAAUUAUUAAUAAUAUUAUAGUGGUGUUUCUCCACCACUAUCCCAUUCAUAUCCAGUCUUUGAUGUAAAGACAGAAGGAGAAGCAACUAAUAAAACCCACCUUUCUUCGUCAGUUUCCAUGGCAAAUAAACAAGUUGAAACUACGUUUCAUAACUUGCAUGGAGGAGGAGAUCACUUUUUAUAUACUCACUUUUACACUGCUUUCAGAGGUGUCAAGAGAUGGGCUUCGGCUACUGUCUUCCUCUUCUUUCUCAUGCUCCUUCUUGGUGUCUUCUUUUUCAGGAUCGAUGUUUCUAUUAUCAGAGAUAAUUUUCUAACCGGCGGCACUAAAAGACCAACUGAGUUCCCACUCAAGUGCUCCAACAAAGACACGCCAAUAACAUGCAAGGCCAAUUAUCCUGCGACAUUUCAAGCAAAUAAUUCAUCAGGUUCUGCAUGUCCAGACUACUUCCGCUGGAUCCACGAAGAUCUACGGCCAUGGAACAGUACCGGGAUCUCAAGGGAUACCCUGGAAAGUGCUAAAAAAUUCGCAACUUUCAGAUUAGUAAUUGUCAAUGGAAAGGCAUAUGUGGAGAGAUAUCAUUAUUCUUUUCAAACAAGAGAUAUAUUUACAAUAUGGGGUAUUUUGCAGCUUUUAAGGUUGUACCCUGGCAGGGUACCAGACGUAGAGCUGAUGUUUCAAUGUGGUGACAUGCCUGAGAUCCAAAAAGGUGACUACCGAGGACCCAAUGCCACUUUGCCUCCCUCACUGUUUCAGUACUCAGGACAGAGUUCAGCAUUUGCCAUCAUUUUUCCCGAUUGGUCCUUUUGGGGUUGGGCUGAGGUGAAUAUAAAACCAUGGAAAAGCAUGCUGAAAGGAAUAACAAAAGGCAGCAAGAGGAAGAAAUGGAAAGAUAGGGUACCCUAUGCAUACUGGAAAGGGAACCCAUACGUUUCAGCAAAUAGAGGAGACCUUAUGACCUGCAAUGUCUCUGAUAAACAUGACUGGAAUGCUCGUCUCUAUGCACAGGACUGGGGUAAAGAAAUACGGCAAAAAUACAAGCAUUCAAAAUUAGAAGACCAAUGCACCCACAGAUACAAAAUUUAUAUAGAAGGGCGGGCAUGGUCAGUGAGUGACAAAUAUAUACUAGCAUGUGAUUCCAUGACCUUGGUGGUAAACCCUGCUUAUUAUGAUUUCUUCAUGAGAAGCAUGGUACCAAUCCAGCACUAUUGGCCUAUUAGGGCCAAAAAUAAGUGCAAAGAUAUCGAGUUUGCUGUGGAAUGGGGCAAUAACCACACUGAUAAGGCAGAGGCUAUUGGGAAGGGAGGAAGCAGGUUCAUUCAGGAAAAUCUGAAGAUGGAAUACAUAUAUGGAUAUAUGUUUCAUUUGUUAAAAGAGUACGCAAAACUGUUGAAAUUCAAACCAGAAAUACCAAAAGGAGGAGCUGAGGUAUGUGCAGAAUCAUUGGCAUGCUCUGAGAAUGGUUUAGUACGAAAGUUUAUGAAGGAGUCCAUGGUAAUGUCGCCUAGCAGUACACUGCCAUGCGCUAUGCCUCCUCCUUAUGAUCCUGCUGCCCUUCAACAACUUCUUGAGAGGAGGGAAAACAUUACAAGACAAGUUGUGAUGUGGGGGAAUGAGUAUUGGCAAAAUUCAAACCACUCUUGACGAGACAAGCAUACAUUAGGAGUGUCUUCCACCACAUGUAGAUUUCUUUUUAAAACAUCUAAACCAGUUUUGUAUGAAAUGUAAAAUCUUAAAAUAUCCAUAUGGGUACUGUUGCUCA